UCUUGCUUUUCAAAAGCUUCUCGAUCGUGCUCCGAAUUUCAUGUUGCAUUCUUGCUUGGCAUAACGACUUCUUCUAUUAAUCACGAAUAUGAUGAGUCUUCUGGUCAAAGAUCGGCUUCUUGCCAAACAAUACAAGUUGACGACUAAAAUUGGCGCUGGAGACGUUGGACAAGUUUGGCAGUGUACCGACAGACUGGAUGAGAAUAAGCUAAAAAUUGUGAAAAUCAUCAACAAAUACGUUGGAGGAGUUGGACCUAAAGAUGACUCAUUUGCCAACGAAGUUGAGUUUUAUAAGAAAUGUUUGACGAGAAGAUUCAAUUUGAAACGAACCCAAGUGAGAUUCUAUCAAAAUAAGUGUUGUGGUUUCAUACAAUUUACAAGAAUGCGUCAGAUUUGAACAUGGGUCGUGAGAAUGGUCAAGGAAUAAUUGACAAUUUGGUGAAGUCUCAUGACACCUUUGAUUUCCAGUCAUCUUUGGAUUACAAAAUUGUUGGAGGGGAAGUUAUGCUCGAAUAGAAUUAUAAAAAUAUAAACGAAUUUUACUAGUGGUAUAAAAUUAA